CCAUCGCGCGCUCUCGGCACUCUUCCCCCCCCCACGCUCCAUUCCAGCUCCGCUCCGAUCAUAGAGACUGAGGCCGCGCUCGCCAGAGUGUCACCCGGGGUUCCCGGAAGUGGCGGGAACGCGGGGGAGGUUGGAGCCGGCGAGCGGCAAGAUGGCGGAGUCUGCAAAUGCCACCCUUGAAGUCAUCAAUGUCACCCUCCGCACCACGCUGGCUGCUACCACCAAACUGGUGGUACCUACACCUGCCAAACCUAUCCUCCCAGUCCAGACUGGAGUCCAAGCACAGCAAGAGGAGCAGUCCAGUGGCAUGACAAUUUUUUUUAGUCUUCUUGUUUUAGCUAUCUGCAUCAUAUUGGUGCAUUUACUAAUAAAAUAUCGACUUCAUUUUUUACCCGAGAGUGUGGCUGUUGUUUCUUUAGGUAUCCUUAUGGGAGCUUUUAUAAAAAUCAUAGAAGCUCAAAAGCUGGCCAACUGGAAGGAAGAAGAAAUGUUUCGUCCAAAUAUGUUUUUUCUGCUUUUGCUUCCACCUAUUAUAUUUGAAUCUGGAUAUUCAUUGCACAAGGGUAAUUUCUUUCAGAACAUUGGCUCCAUCACUCUGUUUUCUGUAUUUGGCACUGCAAUAUCAGCUUUCAUUGUAGGUGGAGGAAUUUAUUUCCUGGGCCAGGCUGAUGUAAUUUAUAAACUCAACAUGACAGACAGUUUUGCAUUCGGCUCCUUAAUAUCUGCAGUUGACCCUGUGGCUACUAUUGCAAUUUUUAAUGCCCUCAAUGUGGAUCCUGUACUUAACAUGUUGGUUUUUGGAGAAAGCAUUCUUAAUGAUGCAGUCUCUAUUGUGUUGACCAACACAGCAGAAGGUUUGACAAGGAAAUUGUCAGAUGUAAGUGGAUGGGAAACGUUCCUACAGGCACUGGGAUACUUUCUUAAGAUGUUCUUUGGCUCUGCUGCACUUGGCACACUUACUGGUCUUAUUUCUGCAUUAGUGCUGAAGCACAUUGAUUUAAGGAAAACACCCUCCCUAGAGUUUGGGAUGAUGAUUAUCUUUGCCUACCUUCCCUAUGGACUUGCAGAAGGUAUCUCACUCUCAGGUAUCAUGGCAAUCCUCUUCUCUGGCAUCGUGAUGUCUCACUAUACACACGCACAACUUGUCUCCAGUUACAACAGAUUUUAA